UAUUCGAGGUGUAUUUAUGAUUUUUAUGAUGUAAAGCCCUGUGAACGGACUUGCUGCUGAAAUGUGUUUUACAGAUAAACUUGGUUGAUUGAUCGAAGGGACACUCGAUUUCCACAUCUCACUUUCACUGCUGACUGUCAAACUGAAGCUGAUGGAAAUGAUGUUUUCAGUCUGCUGUCCGGGUUGCAUUUUAAAUGACUGGACCUAAUGCAAGCAGAGUCCAUUCCCUGAGAGUCCAUGCCUUUCUUUGCCGAGGCUCCCAAAGAAAACCAGCAGAAGGGCAGAAAGUGGAUGAAGGGAGGCGGCAGCACAAAUACAAUGAUCUCUGAAUCUGGCGGCGUUCAUCAGAACAGCGAUCUUCCUCCCAGCCCCUCAUCCUCCUCCCUCCGCUCUGCAGCCUGCCAGCUGAGCAGCAGCCGGGACACCCGGAGCACCAGCAGCAGCUUCCAGCCUCUGUUCUCCGCCUGCAUCAUGACAUCUGGGGAGUUCCAGCCGAGCGCUCCUCUGCUGGUGCACAAAUCCAGGAGGAGCCUGCUCUACAAGUCGCUCUGCUUCCUUCUCCUCUUCUUCCAGGGCGGCGUCCUGGACUUCUACCUCAUCCUCUUCACCGACCUGUACUGGUGCUCGUGGAUAGCCACGGACCUGGUGGUCAUCUCUGGCUGGGGGGUUUUCUUCCUGAAGAACGCUCGAAGCCAGAGAGAACGGGCCUGCGGCUUUCACCAGAAGAGCUCCAUUUUAGGCUGCAACCUCGGAGAGUUCACCUACGCCUACCUGGCCUGGCUCAUCUAUGUCAUCGCCUGCACCCCGAAAGUCGUGCUCAUCCUGGAGACCUCCAUCCUGGAGCUGAUCGCGCUGAAGGUGCCGUGCGGCGUGACCGGCUUUAAGAUCACGGUUCUGCUGUCCGCGCCGCUGCUCUUCUGCCUCAUCAACUCCAUCGUGGUGGAUUUAAACGGCCCGACCCGCCACCACUCCCAGAGCUGCUUCACCAGCACCUGUCUGGACCUGCUGGACUCGUUCACGCUGAUGGAGAUGCUUCUCAGAGGCGAGCUCCCCUCCGUGUACCUGAAGUACACGGUGAUCACGGUGUACUUCGUGGCCCUGGCGGUCCCGGUGGUCUGGCUCUACGAGCUGACGGCGGCGGAGCUGCGGUGCCGGUGGCUGUGGGCCCGCUUCUCCACCGGACUGCUGGUCAACGCUCCGCUGCUCGUCGUGCGUUGCUUCCAGGUGUAUGUCUACAAGAUGCCGGUGUCGGUGUUCAUGUUCAAGAACAUCUUCUUGCUGGCGUGCCGCCUGCUGGAGCUGCUGGAGCAGUGCGCCGCGGUGCAGGGCCUGCGGAGGCGGACUGGCACCAACAACCCAGCCCAGUUCUCCCACUGCGUGUCCGAGAACGACAUGUGCCCCCACGGAUAUGUCAACACUCUGGCCGUCACGCAGUCUUAAUCAGCCUGCAUGUGCUGGAGGCUGGCGUGGGAAUGAAGCAGACACAGCGGAGAGCCAAGCCGAGCCUCAGCGGGCAGACUGCUACUGUGGACCGGGGAUGGGUGGGGGGUGGGAAGGGCAGCACCACAGGGUUGCUUGUCAGUUUGUCGGAUAAAAACAUCCAGGUUGCAGGAUUUCCACUGGCAGAAGAUAAAGAUAAACCAGCACAAUGACAGCAGCACCGCGGAUCUCUUUCAUUUCUAGAGACUGGGAACUGGAUGUUCAAACAGAUUCUCUUUUUUAUCUCUUUUUUGCGAAGUCAGCAAACUUUUCUUCUCUUUCUAGAUAACAGACCUCCACGGAGUCUUCUUCUGAUCUUUGUUGCUUUUUGGGGAUUAUAUCACAUUACUACUUGCCCUACAACACCUUGGACCUGAGGAACUUUCUGUAGAACUUUAAAUCAUUUUCUACAGGACAUGUUUGGCUGUUUUAGGCUUUCGUCUCAUAUUUCCAAGCUCUUAUUUAGAACCAGUUCACACAGGUCACAUUCAGAUUAAACUGGUGCAAACAAUAAUAAUAAUAAUAAUAAUAAUAAUAGGAAUAAUAAUAAGAAGAAGAAUCCUGUUGAGUUUUGGACAUAGAAGCAAAACGUGUGUUCUGACUCCAGAUGUCAUGGACAGCAGCAGUUCCUGUUCCUGCGGCUUUUUGCUCCAUUUGUCAGAACCAGAGUAGAAUGUGUGUCUGUAGUUUAGUGACUCAGUGGAGUGGACCUCUGUCUGCUGGUGUCACACUGUCAUGGCUGAUGCCACAGUGUUAGGGCAAUGAGUUCGAUCUGAUGUGAUGGUUCUGAUAGGCCGCCUGCUCCGUCCCCACUGAGCCGUUCAGAUUUCAGCUCUGCUCUCAGAUGAAGGUGAUGGAAUGUAAAGUGCCUGUCAGAGCAUGAAGCUGGUAACCUGGGUUACUGCAGGAGGUUUACUUAAUGGCACAAAUGGAACUUCUGGUGGUUGUGCCUUGAAAGCCUCAAUAUUUCAAUAAAAUGCCAACUUCAUAUCUUAUCACUUUGGCUUAAAACACAAGAGGCUGUUCCCAUUGUGAAGGUUGUAAAAAACUAUGGCUUUAAAAGUCCAGAUUUGGACCAAAUGUUUCUCCAGCCAUGUGGCGCAGAGAGCUGUGCUCCUCCCCCACCUGUUGCUGUACAUGGUCAGGGUUUAACUUUUCCCUGAAGGAGAAGCUUAGAUGGUGGGAAAAAUUAAAGAAGAUCAAAUAGACAUAUUUGCACAAUAAAUACAUUUAUUCACCGUCAUAGUGAAUAUGUUAUAUUCAAUCAACCGAAGGUUUUAAAUGAAAGUGAUUUCAUUAAAAUAAACACUUAUUUGGCAGAGUCAGAAUGCAGGGCAGCACAAGCGGGCAGUUGGCCGCCUUCUGGUAAGAAGGUUUUGGGUUCAAAUCCCGAGUUGGGGUCUUUCUGCAUGGAAGUUUGAAUGUUCUACUCACGCAUGUGUGUGUUCUCUCCUUUUACUCCAGCUUCCGUUCAAACACUUGACUGUUAAUUGGUCUCUCUACUGCCAUUUGGCACAAGUGUGUGUGCGUGUGUGUGUUAGGGCUGUAACAAUCCUUCAAAUGAUUCGAGUACCUCGAUUAUUAAAAUUCCUCGAGAAAAAUGUAUUGGCCUUGAAGCUUCGAUAAAUUAUGCUUUAUUAUUUAGCGUGCCGAGUUCUGGGCAGCGCUCUUACUUCCGCCUGUGAGUUGUUGCUCAGUGAUGGCAGCAUAACGUCCAGUUUUCUGGGUUUUAUCGAGAGAGAAAAAGGGAGAAAGAAGGGGUGAAAGGGAGAUCACAGUUUUUUUCUGAUUACUCGAUUAAUCAUAACAAUAAUGGAUAGAGUACUCGAUCACUAGAAUAUUCUUUUACAACAGCCCUAGUGUGUGUAUCUCUGGGUUGAUGACAGACUGCUGUCUUGCCUAGUGACUGCUGGAGCUGCCCCAGAGUGACCCACAGACAGUGGAUGGAUAUCAGGAUGCCCAAUCAUAGAGCUUUUAUUUGCACAGUGGAGUCUUGGAUUUUGCUCCAUAACCUAAUUGAGAGAGCAGGUUGCUGAUUCAGCCAUAAUCAACAAGUUGUCUUACCCCAACACUACAUCCCACUUUUGUACAUUUGCUCUGUCAUUUAGUGAAAGACCAGGGUGGAAUAGUGAUGUAAAGAGCUUAAAUAGAAGGCAGUUAAUCUGCACAGGUGGGCUUUGACAGCAGCUUUAGAAAAUAAUGUGAUUUUGAAUGAUAAUUUGUCAAAAGAAACAAAUAAUAUUGUUGGUCUCUGAUGCCCACAAAAGGGAUUAAAUACCUGAGAUUCUCCAUCAGUACAAAAAGACAUUCGCUGUCUUCAGGAGUGAAGCAGACAUCCACCUGCCUUCUGUUCAGGCACUUAUCACUGCAAUGACCUAAAUGUGUCAGAAGAACAUAUACUGUUGAUAAUGUGUGCUCUACAUGUGAGAUGUUGCUUAGUGUCUUAUUUUAAGUUGGAAUGUCAUGCCUUAUCCUGCUUGAUGUGGCAGUUUGUGCAAUAUUUCACAAAUAAAAAUACAUUUAAUGCCUUUUGCUGAAAAUGAACUUGUGGAUAGUUGAUGCCUUGUGUGGAUCCAUGAAGGACCAGUGAGGAGAAACAUUCCUCUAUAAGGACCCACAGCUUUAACUUUAGUUCUGUUCUGUUACAGAAAUCAGAUCUUUGUCCUGCCUGAGUGGCUCGCUGCACCUUAAAGUGUCACAGUAGAGUAACCUGAGUGUUACUCUACUGUUCAUGUCUACCUUUUUAUUUUGAUUUUUUAGUUCUUCCUCCUUCUAGAUCAGUAGAAGGAGAUGAAACAUUCUGGGUUUAUUUUCUGGGUUUGAGCUGCUGGUUUAUCGUCAUGACAAGCAAUUUUAUGAAUUUCCCAAAUCUAGUUUUAUUUACUCAUCCACCUGAAACUCUGCUGGCCUUGUUCUGCUGUCCAGCUGAAACCAUCGUCAUCCAUUUACACACACUGUGUGAACACAUGUGGAGUCCAGUUAUGGACUCCAGUUAUGGCCACUUCUGGAAUCCAUUUAUCCAUCCAUUAACUGAGGUCAUUAAAUGACAGAUCUGUCAAGGUCAAAGCCUGAAGCACACAUUUCAUGUUAAUUGAGAUGAAUGGCUUUAUAUGCUGGUGACAAAAAUAAUUAUUUCUGAAUCAUUGCUGCAUUAAAGGCACUUUAUGAUGUUUUCCACAGAACAGCGUUCAGCUUAGACUCAAACCUAAACUUCGCUCUGCUCUGAAGUAACUGGAACAUGCUGCCUGAGUUCAACACACCCUGCACUCAUGGAGCAGGAAGCACAGAUCCCUUCAGAAAGUUAGAAUAUUAUUACAACUUGGUUUAUUUCAGGUGCGUUAUCACAUAUACAUAUACUGUACAUGUCUAUAUUAAUUACACACAGGCUGGUGUUUUCCACCUCUUAUUUAUGAUAAUAAUGAUAAUUUCCCAUUUACAGUUAAUCAAAACAUGACAUUUAAAAUUAGAAUAUUACAUCAUACCAGUAAAAAAAAACAUUUUAUAACACAAAAAUGUGGGAUUAAUGAGAAGUACGUUUAAUACUUAUCUUGUAUUAAGGUUAUUUUCAAGAUACAUUUAAUCUGACAAAUGAGCCUCAUCAGAAACCAUAUUCUCAUUUAUUGAAUAUGACUGCAGAGUGGUGCUCCUCCAGCUGGCCCUUGUUAUCCCACAGACAAAUCAUUUCAUUCAUUUACGGACCAUAUUAAUAUAAAUAACAUCAUUCUGCUGUGCAGGCUGACCUCUGCUGUCUUCUUAAUUGUUGUCAAUUGACCUGAAAUAUACAAACUCAAAUGAAUUGAAUGAAGACAUAAGGUCAUAGUUCAGCCAUCAGGAAGCCACUCCAGAGCGAACGCUGGUUGGUUUCUGUUUCAGUAUCUACAUGAUGUUAUGUUCCAGUUUAGAUUCCUUCAUCAAAGAACCAUAAAAAUCACUAUCUUCAGAUUUCUGUUGAUUUAUGGUAAAACGUUUGCUCUAGAAGUUCUUUGAAUGUAUUUACAGGAAUAUUAAUGGUCUGGCAGGGCUGAAAUUGUUUUUUUAAAUGUUUCAACUCAAUAUUUGCACAUAUGUCUUCACCUUCAGUGAAACAUUUCAAACUGGAGGAAAGUUGGACAAAAUUCCUGUGGAGAAAUGAUUCUGUCAUUUGCCCAUCUGUCACGUUUGUAUGAAUGUAUUACUUAGAUUUUAUGUUGCAUGUAAAAGCAAAUUCAGUUUGAAUUCCCUUAAUCCAGCAGCACAAAACCUUUACCCCAGAUUAAUACCAAAAUCAUCCAGCCAGAGUGCAGUGAAGCUGUGACCUGCAUGUAGCAAAAAGUUCUGAUGGGACCAAAACCAUUUCUGGAUGUUUGAAGGAGCCUGUCACAGAGAGAACAGAUCCACACGAGUCCUGGAGUCAGAGCGCUCAUUUCCUUUUCUUACACCAUCUUUUAUUUAUACAGAAAAAAAAAUCUCUUAAGACUCAUGGUCUCAUUUACAAGAGAAAUAUGUUACAUACAUCACAAACAACAUAAAGACAGUAAACAAUAAUAAAAAUCAGUACUAAGUACAGUAUUGAUUUUUAGAAUUGUUCUAAAUCAAUUAUGUAAUAUAUACAUAGUAUAGUAUUGUUAUAGUAUAGCUA